AUGCACUGAUUUGCAUGUUCCCCGGACCCUGCAUUCACUAUAAUCCGGUCUCCCCGGACCCUGCAUUCACUAUAUCCGCUCUCCCCGGACCCCACAUUCACUAUAUCCGGUCUCCCCGGACCCUGCAUUCACUAUAUCCGGUCUCCCCGGACCCCUGCAUUCACUAUAUUUCCGCUCUCCCCGGACCCCACAUUCACUAUAUCCGCUCUCCCCGGACCCCCGCAUUCACUAUUCACUAUUCUCCCCGGACCCCGCAUUCACUAUAUCACUUCUCCCCGGACCCAGCAUUCACUAUAUCCGCUCUCCCCGGACCCUGCAUUCACUAUCACUCUCCCGGACCGUUCAUCACGGUCUCCCCGGACCCUGCAUUCACUAUAUCCGCUCUCCCCGGGACCCCACAUUCACUAUAUCCGCUCUCCCCGGACCCUGCAUUCACUAUA